UUCAACUUUAGAAGCAAGCCAGCGAGCGCGGAGGCUCGCUUGUUUGGCGCUCACAAAAAUUGGAAGUGCGGGCAUGCAUGGCGGAAGUUCGAGAAGAAAACAUCAUCUUCUUCGAAUUUCAUCGCCAACAGAGGCCACACGGCCACACGGAUACCGGCGAUCAACAAAAGUGGCCCGUCUGUUUCCUAUUCCAAGGUUGGCUGCUGGCAGGUUACUGCACCAGCGGUCGCUUGGUGAUAGGAUAGCUCCAGCUAGAGCUAGCUUAUCAUCCGGUCCAACACAGAUUGCUGCCCCGAAUCCAGCCAGAAGAAAGUUUCCCACAGACCAUCAUGUCAUCUGAUCGGAAUGAGAAACUAACGGAACGAGCUCUGGGUGUCUACAAGGAGACUUUUGCUGAGAGUACCAUUAAAGAUACCUCGGAUGACUUUCCCAGAUUUGCCUUUUCGGAAUUAACUCUGGGCAAGCGCCUCGGUGAGGGUGGAUUUGGUGUGGUGUCCGAAGUUCUGGCCUUUGAUAUCUCGGCCCAUGAAAACAGCCAUCGUCCCCAAGAAACGGGUGUCGAGGUGGAAAAGAAAGAUGAAGAAGAGGACCCAGAUUUCCAAGGUCGGAAAUUCAUUGCCGAUCAUUGCAUUCGAAACGAUAGUGGUGCUCGAUAUGCCAUCAAGAUACUCAAACAAUCCCUAGUGGACAAGGCCGAUGACAAUUUAAUGGUCAAGGCACUGGCGGACAUGGCCGUGGAGACACACAUUCUAUCUGCAAUUGAACAUCCCAAUAUUGUCAAACUACGAGGAGUCAGUCAACAAGGUCGGUAUCAUCCACAAUACUUUAUUGUCAUGGACAGACUCUAUGAUACCCUUGAAAAACGCAUCGAAGCAUGGGCCAAAGUAUUCCCCAAACCACCACCAAUGCCAAAAAAGAAUCCACCCUCCAAACGAGAUUCCACCAGCAGCACGAGGAGCACGUCCAGUCGAGCCUCCAAGUUGGGAUGUAUUUUUGGACGGAAAAGCAGUCAAGAGUUCGAUGACGACGAAAAAGAGGAACAGGAAGACACUGUGGAAAUGAACCCAGUUACCAUUGAAUCAAGUCCGUCGAAUCUAGAGAAAAAGAAGAAAUUGCUUGAAGAACGGCUGGUGGCUUGCUUUGACCUGGCUUCGGCCAUCGCAUACCUUCACGAGAGGAAUAUUAUCUACAGAGACACAAAGCCGGAGAACUGUGCGUUUGAUGUGCGAGGAGAUAUCAAGCUGUUUGACUUUGGUACCGCCAAAGAACUACCACCACAAAACGCCAAGAGAGAUCUUACCUUCAACCUCACUGGCAUGACGGGUUCUUUGCCCUGGAUGGCUCCAGAGGUGGCCAAGAGCGAUCCAUACAAUCACAAAGUUGAUGUCUUUUCAUUUGCCGUGCUUCUCUGGCAAAUCAUGGCCUUGGAAAUGCCAUUCAAAGAGUAUGAAUCGGACUUGCGGUUGUUCUGGGAAGAAGUCCACAAUGGACCCCACAAGCGUCCCCAAAUUCCACGACAAGGUUGGCCCAAACCUAUUGAACUGUGCAUGAGGCGUGGAUGGGCAAAGGAACCCAGUGAACGAAUGGAAAUGAGCCAGAUUGAAAACAUUCUACGAAAAGAAAUUAUACGGGUCCGCAAGGGCGAUGAGGCCGGGCUCCGACACGACCGGCGCCGUUCCACCUUUGUCUUUCGUCGUUGAUGCAGUGCGUUUUCUUCCCGUUUUGACAUGCUCUAGAUGCAUGUUGGUGGCUGUUUUCGUUAGAUCACCUACCUGCUGUACCUUGUUGUCCACUAGAAACAUAGUCAUUUUAUAAUUUUAGUUCUGUUGAAGCAAUGCAACAUCACUGCGCAUGGUUCACUCCCAUUAGCAUCCCUUGCUGAAC